GGAGCGGGGAGCGCAGGGCCCGACCGGCUGGCGUAGGAGCACGGCAGGUGCCCCCAUCGUGGCCGGGGCUGACGCGCCGCGAGGAUGCUCGCGGGGGCGGGAGGCUUGGGCACCGGCCUAGCGCCUGGGGCCUCUCCGCGUGGGAGGUCAGGACCGGGCGGGAUUCGAGGCGAAAUUCGCCGCCCGCCGCUGCCAGCUGCGCAGGUGGGGCGCUCCCCAGUGGCCCGCGGGCGGAACGAGGCGAAGGGGCCCCCGCUGCGCGGGUGCGGAGCGGAGGCGGACUCACCAGCCCCUUGGACCAGACAUUCUUCUCAGGACUCACCAGCCCCUCCGAUACCACUUGGCCACACCUGCUGCGUGGCUGAAGCCUGGAGGACCCCACACGGAGGCACGGAGAUGCCCCUGCACCCUCUGGGGGACAAGCCCUUUGUCCGGGGGCCACCACUCACCUUCCCCAGCCCCACUUCGGCCAUGGAAAACGGGUUUGACCACACCCUGCCCGGCAGGAGGGCGCCCCUGGACACGCCCCUGAGCCCUGGCUCCCUGCAUUCCGCUGCCCAUAGCCCCCUGGACACCAGCAGCCAGUCCCUCUGCCAGCCCCGGGCCGAGAAGCUUGGCACCCGGGGGGCCCACGAGGCACGGUACGUCUCGGCCAGGCAGAGCGCGGUGUGCGGCUGGUGGGCCUUCGCGCCGCAGUGUCUGCAGGUCCUCAACACGUCCAAGGGCGUCCUGUUCUUCCUUUGCGCGGCCGCCUUCCUGCAGGGCAUGACCGUGAAUGGCAUCAUCAACACAGUCAUCACCUCCCUGGAGCGCCGCUACGACCUGCACAGCUACCAGAGUGGGCUCAUCGCCAGCUCCUACGACAUCGCAGCCUGCCUCUGCCUCACCUUCGUCAGCUACUUCGGGGGCUCCGGGCACAAGCCGCGCUGGCUGGGCUGGGGCGUGCUGGUCAUGGGCGUGGGCUCACUGGUCUUCGCACUGCCGCACUUCACGGCUGGCCACUACGAGGUGGCGGCGGACGCGGGUGUCAGGACGUGCCCCGCUGACCCCGGAGCGGUGUGUGCCAACAGCGCUUCAGGUCUGUCCCGCUACCAGCUGCUCUUCAUGCUGGGCCAGUUCCUGCACGGCGUGGGUGCCACACCCCUCUACACGCUGGGCGUCACCUACCUGGAUGAGAAUGUCAAGUCCAGCUACUCGCCUGUCUACAUUGCCAUCUUCUACACGGCGGCCAUCCUGGGCCCUGCCGCUGGCUACCUGAUUGGAGGCGCCCUGCUGAACAUCUACACGGACGUGGGCCGACGGACGGAGCUGACCACCGACAGUCCACUGUGGGUGGGCGCCUGGUGGGUUGGCUUCCUGGGCUCUGGGGCCGCCGCCUUCCUGAUUGCCGUGCCCAUCCUCGGCUACCCAAGGCAGCUGCCAGGCUCCCAGCACUACGUGGUCAUGAGAACAGCAGAAGUGCAGCAGCUGAAGGACGGCGGCCGCAGGGCAGCCAGCAGCCCGGGCUUCGGGACAACCCUCAGAGACCUGCCUCACUCCAUCUGGCUCCUCCUGAAGAACCCCACAUUCAUCCUGCUCUGCCUGGCUGGGGCCACUGAGGCUACACUCAUCACUGGCAUGUCCACGUUCAGCCCCAAGUUUCUGGAGUCCCAGUUCAGCCUGAGUGCCUCAGAAGCUGCCACCUUGUUUGGGUACCUGGUGGUGCCGGCAGGUGGUGGUGGCACCUUCCUGGGUGGCUUCUUUGUGAACAAGCUGAGGCUCCGGGGCUCCGCAGUGGUCAAGUUCUGCCUGCUCUGCACCCUCGUCAGCCUGCUGGGCAUCCUCGUCUUCUCCCUGCACUGCCCCGGCGUGCCCAUGGCAGGUGUCACGGCCAGCUACAGCGGGAGCCUCCUUCCUGAAGGCCACUUGAACCUAACAGCUCCCUGCAACGCUGCCUGCAGCUGCCGGCCAGAACACUACAGCCCCGUGUGCGGCUCCGACGGCCGUGGGUACUUCUCGCCGUGCCAUGCGGGGUGCCCUGCGGCCGCCCAGACCAGCGCAGAUGGCCAGAAGGUGCACCGAGACUGUAGCUGUGUCCCUCAGAACCUUUCCUCUGGGUCUGGCCAUGCCACUGCAGGGAAAUGCACCUCAGCUUGUCAGAAAAAGCCCCUCCUUCUGGUUUUCAUGUUCGUUGUAAUUACCUUUACAUUCCUCAGCAGCAUUCCUGCACUAACAGCGACUCUAAGGUGUGUCUGUGACCCUCAGAGAUCCUUUGCCCUGGGAAUCCAGUGGAUUGUGGUUAGAAUACUAGGGGGCAUCCCGGGGCCCAUCGUCUUCGGCUGGGUGAUCGACAAGGCCUGUCUGCUGUGGCAGGACCAGUGUGGCCAGCAGGGCUCCUGCCUCGUGUACCAGAACUCUGCCAUGAGCCACUACAUACUCAUCAUAGGGCUCCUGUACAAGGUGUGGUGGUGCAUGCCUGUAAUCACAGCUACUGGGGAGGCUGAGGCAGGAGAAUCACUUGAACUCAGGAGGCGGAGAUUGCGGUGAGCCGAGAUUGUGCCAUUACACUCCAGCCUGGGCAACAAGAGCCAAACUCCGUCUCAAAAACUAAACUAAAAUAAAAAAAUAAUGGAGGUCCCUCUGUUGGGCGUGUCUCUGCUCAGGCUUGGGAGCGGUGACGUUUGGGGAGACCCAAAGGCAUGUACACAUCAGGAAAUUGACGAAAUGACUUCAUGAGACAUAACCUCACCCAGCGCAUGCAGGCUGUCCACACCACAGCCUCUAGUCACUUCAUAGCCGGCCUUGUCACCGCACCCCAUUACCAUAUCACAGUGCCGUGUUCCAGCCGCACCCAUUUUGCCUAAUGGCCACAAAACACCAGAGCGCUGACGCCACCAUUCAGCUCCACCAACAGGAAGCUGGAGGUGCUGCCUUCAGUGAGAAGCUGUGGUUCCUUGGCUGGGCCCAGUGCCACCCUUGACUCAUGUGUCCACAGGGGUCUCAGUGUCUGCAGAUGAGGGGGCUGCAGUAUGUUCCCAGGGAGCCCUCUGAGGGUCUCUCUUUGCUGUGUUGAGUGCAUCCCUUAGCCAGGAGCAACAGGCAAGGGCCCUGCACACACAGCCAGUGGGAGCCGUGUCCAGAGGGUCAGAGCUGGCCUCAGCCACGAAUGCAUCCAUGUUCAUUUUAGUGGGGAGCACACAGUGUCUCUUUAUAAUAUCCCGCAUGUUCCACUUGGUCCAGCACUGAGUCAAAACAGCCUCCCUCCACGAAUGCAGCCUCAGAGCCAUCAGCCAGGCUGACUCCGCAGGAGGCACCGUGGGUGUUUCUGGGCUGUGCCCAGCGUGGGAACCAUAGUGGUGCACAUGCACCCUGCGUGUGCGUGGUGGCAGCAUCCGUGCUCGGACCGCGCCAUCUUUGGGGCCCACAUGGGAUUCCUGCCACGUCAUCCUCACCCAAGGUCGGUGCGGCCCCUGGUUGCUGAUGAAGAAACCAAGACCCUGAAGGUUAAGAACUGCCCAUCGUGAUGGCACCAGGGCUUGGCUGUGGCAGCUGCGGGCAACCGGCUUUAUGUGAGGUUCCUGUGGCCGCCACAACAAAGGACCAUGAAUGGGUGGCCUAACCUGGCAGAACCAGAUUCACUGGCAGGGCUGGUGCCAGAAGUCAGAAUCAAGGUGGGGUCAGGGCUGGCUCCUCCCGGGCUUCGGCUCUGCCUGCAACUGCACGUGGCCUUUCCCUCUGUGUCCCUGCCUCAAGUCUCCUCUCCUUUCUGUCCUGAGGACACCAGUCAUUGGAUUUGGGGCCCUUAGAUCCAGGAUGAUCUCAUCUCAAAUCCUUAAUUACAGCUGCAAACACCCUAUUUCCAAAAAAGUUCCCAUUCACAGGUGUCGGGUGCUGUUCAACCCAUGACAAGCCUCCAGUCCUGGGCCUGUGUUUUUAGUCAAGGGGCAUGUUUCAUUGUCUCCUUAACAACACUGAUGUCUGCUCUAGGAACUAGUUAUAUGGGAAAGGUACCCUCAGAGCAGAUUGGGUUCCGUGGACCUGGUGAGGGCCCUGCAGGCCAGGGGACAGGGACAGGACUGAGACAGGCCCCCCGUGUCCAGAGGCUCUGGCCGGGCUCCCCACAAGGUCAGCAGGCUCCUC